UCCCUGGUCCCCUACAGUCAAAAGAAAGGGGCGUGGGCGUGGUUCAUGGAAAGUUUCGUUGCCGAGUAGCAGUCAAAAGUUGCAGUUUGUUUAUUUUCCAAGAUUUGGCUUCUCCAAAGAAGAGCAAGUAAGAGCAAUCAGUCAAAAUCCUGAAUUGAGUGAGCAACUGUUUAUAGCAACUAAAUUUUGAUGAACAUCAAACCUGGAGCUGAAGCCAUGGCUACCGAGGAAACAGCGGAAGAGAGCAUGUUUGAUGCUGAUGAAGUGAGCCCAAUUAUCAAAGAAGCAGUAGAAAAAGUGAUAGGCGGAAACAAUUAUGAUCAAACGAAAGUGAACGCUUGGUCUAAUUCAGUCGUGGAAACUUGUUUAGGAGCACUUUGCAAGAGCCAGAAACCUUUCAAAUAUAUUGUCACUUGCACGGUAAUGCAAAAGAACGGAGCAGGUCUUCACACAGCAAGCUCUUGCUUCUGGGACAACAGCACUGAUGGAAGCUGCACAGUUCGCUGGGAGAACAAAUCAAUGUAUGUGAUUGUGUCCGUCUAUGGACUGGCCCUCUAAUUUCCGCCAGCAGAUCCCAUGAAGCAUUUUGGCACUCUUAAUCAUGUACCCCAGCAUUGUUACCUCUUAAUCAUGAAUGGGAACUAACUGCCCAGGUGACAGGCGUUGGGAGUAACAAUAUCUUAUUUAAUUCUUAAUUAUAGCGCUACUUGGAAAAUAUAUCAAAAUAAAUAACUUCGGUUUAAAGAAUAUUAAAUAGUUGUCAACUUCAAUGAGACGUCGGCUUUAUUCUGGUAGGAGACAGCACUAAGAGUCAGAAAUAUUUGUCUUCAGCUCAGCAAAGUUCACAUUUUGAUUUAAAUUAAGUCUUUCAAAUAAAAUAAUUUGAAGGUA